CUUUAUACUUUCUCAUGUGCCCUGUGGUUCCUCUGCUGCUCUCUCAUAUUUCUAUUGUGUCGCGUGAACGAACACUACGUGGUGGUGCUCUUAAUCCUUUUUUUUGUGUUUUCCCGAACUGCCCCUGUUCCCGCCAUGGAGGUGACGCUUCCCGCCGACGAGGGCGACGAGCUCGGCCGCUGCCGCUGCCGCCGCCUCCUGGCCUCUCUGUCCGCCGCCGCCUCCGACGCCCAGUCGUUCCGCAGCAGGUGGACCUCCGUCUCCGCCGCUGUCGCCCGCCUCUCCGCCGCUCUCGACGACCUCCCCGCACUCCCAACGAACCCCCUCGCUGCGGACCUCCUCCGCUCCCUCGCCCAGACACUCGCCCCAGCACUCGAUCUCGCUGCCCACUGCCGCUCCCCCGAACCCCCCGCCGCCAGGCUCCGCACCCAGAGCGAUAUCGCCGCCGCCUCCGCGGCCCUUCACCAGCUCGCUGCCGACGCCGACCUGCUUCUCCGCUCCGGUACCCUCCCCGAGCCACCUUCGCCGCCGCCGGAGGCGGCGGGGGGGAGCUCGCGCCGCGAGCACGUCCGGGUGGAGGCCAGGAGCCUCGUGACACGCCUACAGAUUGGGAGUUCCGCUUCGAGGAUCUCCGCCUUGGAUUCUCUUCUCGACCUACUCCGCGAGGACGACAAGAACGUCGUGGUCGUCGCCGCCCAUGGGGUGGUACCGGCGCUGGUCCGCCUCCUUGACUCCACCGCGGUCGCCGCUUCCUGCCACGAGGCGAGGGACAAGGCUGCGGCGGCGAUCGCGAGGAUCUCUGCCGUGCCGAGCUGUCGCCAUCUUCUGCUGGCUGAGGGCGCAACCCUCCUCAAUCACCUCGCCCGCGUCCUCGAGUCCGAGGGCGGCGCCGCCAAGGAGAAAGCUUGCGUGGCCCUUCAAACCCUAACGCUGACCAGGGAAAAUGCGAUCAUCAUCGGGUCCCGCGGUGGAAUCGCAGCACUCCUCGAGAUCUGCCGCGCCGGAACGCCCUCCGCCCAGGCUACCGCCGCUGCAGUGCUGAAGAACCUCGCCACAGUUCAAGAACUUCGACAGAACUUCCUGGAAGAGAACGGAGUCCCCGUCCUCCUCAGGGUUUCGGCCUCGGGGAUUCCUCUUGCCCAAGAGAACGCUGUUAGUUGCCUCUGUAAUCUAUCAGCUGGCGAAGAAUCACAGAGCAUAAAGCUUUCUAUCUUUAAAGAGGGGGCUUUGGAAUGCAUAAAGAACUACUGGGAAGCAGGCGGCAGUGCAGAUGAUCGAAAUCUCGAGCCUGCAAUCGGUUUACUAAGAAAUCUGGCAUCGUUUAGGUUCAUUGCUGAGAUCAUUGUCACUGCUGGCUUCCUUCCUCUCAUUAUUGCUGCACUGGAAGACAGCAAGCCAGGAACAAGAACGGAGGCAGCCAAGUCAGUCGCUGAAUUGGGUUUGGUCAUACGGAGGACGAGGAAGGAGCUUGGGGAUGCCGUGUCUCGACUAGUCCGCAUGUUGGAGGCCAAAGCUGUGGAAGAGAAGGAAGCUGCCACAAGGGCUUUGGCCUCACUCAUGUCGUUCCCCGGAUACCAAAGGUUGUUAAGGAAGGAGGAGAAGGGGAUUGUAAAUGUAGUGCAGCUCCUUGAUCCCUUGGUCCUUGAUUUCGAUAAGAGGUAUGCAAUCUCGGUAUUGCGAUCAAUUUCGCAGUCGAGGAAGUGCAGGAAGCAAAUGGUGGCUGCAGGAGCUUGCGGGUACCUGCAGAGACUUGUGGAGAUGGAGGUGGAUGGAGCAAAGAAGCUUCUUGAGAACUUGGGAAGGGGAAAGAUACUGGGGGUGUUUCCAAGAACUUAGUUACAGAGUCAGCAACAAGAAGGAUCCAGCGUUUGAAGGUUACUUCUUGAUCUGGAUUACAAGACCUUGGAGUACUGAAGUAGUGGUAAAGCAAUGGCAAGAUUGGGAAGGACUAGAAGAGCCUGAGAUCUUAUUAUGUCCAGUCUAAGCGCUACAGGAAAAGAUAUAUCAGGAGCGAUCAGGGUUCACGUCAUGGAAAUAACCUAAUGACUUCAAUUGCCAGCAUGGAUCCUCCUUGCACCCCAACAUUGUUAAAGCCUCGGAUUGGGUCAUCUAUCCAAAGAUCAAGUUUCUUCUGCAAAAACCGAGUUUAUUUGUCUUCCUUCCCAGCCUUUCUGAGUUUUUGUAUGCUAAGUAUCCUGCAUCACUGAUGCAAGUCCUGCAGAUGGAUUGAAACCUGAAAGGUGGAGAGGAUGAAGGGAAGGCACUGAUGGAGUGGUGGCAGCUACCAGAAGCAAAUUUUGUGGUUCUCAAUGUUCAUUACCUACAGGAGAAGACCAUAUUGUAUGUGCCUACUUUAAACUGCUGCAACUUUUGGCAUCUCUGUUUCCUUGGAGGACAGAGGUUGACCAGUAGAAGUGCCAUGCUUCUAUUGUUCUUCAUUUGCCAACACCCCAUCCUUGGUACAAGAACACAACUAAACAAAAAGGAGAAGACAAUGCAUAUUAUAGACCUUUCCCCAGGUUCCAGUAUGAAGAACAUGACCAUCUCAUGUCUUUUACAACAUAAACCUAGCAAUGACAGAAACUUUCAGAGGAAAAGAUUUCUCCACCUGGUUCCGGCAACAUAAAUCCAUCUUGGUUUGCAAAACUCCAUCAUGAGUCCUUCCACUUCAAACAGGUAAAAAGAGAACGCAAAAAAGGAUCACCGAAGCACAAAUUCAUGGUGUUGUUGCAUAAAAACAAGAAAAGGAAACCAAGAGACUAAAACAACAAGAAGGCCAAUACUGAUUGCUUUCAGGAACAGCGGUAGACUCUGAUUCUUCUUCUCGGUGGAGGCUGACACAGGACCUGAACCAGCACUACAACCAAGACAGCCACGAGAAGGCUUAAGAGAGCAGAGCCGACAUCACCACCACCACCACCACCCGAAGAGCAGCAGAGCAUCCCCAUCUCCUUCACCCUCCAGUCUACUACGACACUUUUAACUAAGCAGAAAAAGAAGACGCCCAUAAAUAUAUAGGUGGCCAAGGCCUCAAAAAAGUUCACCUAUCUUUAAUGUCACAGCUGAACCAACCAGUGAGUGGCACUUUGUUUCUCUGGUAGAGACGCAUGCAUGGUGGCAGCAGCCAUGUCUGUACUCUGCUUCUGCAAUUAAACAGGAUGCAAGGAAAGAAAGAAAGAGAAGAGGCCAAAUGAUAUCUCACUCGGUCACCUUUGGUAAACCAUCACUUGGAAUGUCAAAUGAUACCUCAUUCUCCAAUAGUUUUUUAAGGAUAAGUUCAUUCAUAUGCUUGAGAGCACAUAUACAAAUAAAUUAAGGUUUGCUGUACCGUAUCAAUUGUAUCGGUACAUGAUUCAAUAUAGCUCAAUAUAUAUCAUGCCAUAUCGGUAUAUUGAUCAGUAA